AUGAAGUGUCUUCUUCUCCUUGUCCUUUUCAUCUCUUGCUUCUUCGGCUCUCUAUUUGCUAUUAGGCAUUUCCCAACGCCCCCCUAUCCAAGUAUGUAUGGUCAUCAUCAUGAGGGAAUGACGACGACGGGGACACUGAAGCGUCAGAGGAGGCCAGACACGGUGCAGGUGGCUGGGUCUAGAUUGCCGGACUGCUCACACGCGUGUGGCUCAUGCUCUCCAUGCCGUCUUGUGAUGGUUAGCUUCGUGUGUGCAUCGAUAGAAGAGGCUGAGACUUGUCCCAUGGCUUAUAAGUGCAUGUGCAACAACAAAUCCUACCCCGUCCCAUGA